CUAAAAUUUUUGACGUAACUGUAAUGUGUUGUAAAAAAGUCAUUUUUUAGUUUUAGAAUCCUUUUCUUUUUUAGUAGUCUUGUAUAUGUACAUUAAAAAUUAUUAUUAAAAGAAAACAUGGACACAUUGAUGAACUUUUACAAUUUGUUACAAGCCCGGUUUUUCGGACCAUUCAAAAGCGGCGGCGAGGUCGUUAUAGUGGUGCACGGUGGUGCGGGCAACACCCCAGACGAACGGAUUCCCGCUAAACUGAAAGGGGUAAAAAAAGCCGCCUUAGAAGGCUACGACGUUCUAAGGUGUGGAGGUACUGUGGUUGAUGCUGUAGAAGCGGCGGUGAAGUAUUUGGAAAAUGAUGAACAUUUUAAUGCAGGAAAGGGGUCUGUUUUAAAUGCCAACGGAGAAGUUGAGAUGGACGCGAGUAUAAUGUCAGGAAAUUGUAUAGAACCGGGAACAGUUACUGUAGUAAAGGGUAUUAAAAAUCCUGUCAGCUUAGCGCGUCGAGUAUUGGAUAAAACUCCUCAUAUAAAAUUAGCUGGGGAAGGAGCUCACGUUUUUGCAAAAAAUGAAGGAAUUAAAAUCGUAGACCCGGGAGCGUUAGUCACCGGUUACGCACAAGAAUUAUUGGAAUUACAUAAAAAAGGAGAACUUUCUGACUGUGGAAAGAGUGAUGAACCGGACACAGUAGGGGCGGUUGCAGUGGACUGUAGAGGGCAUGUUGCUGCAGCAGCAUCCACCGGGGGAUGUACCGGUAAAUUGGCGGGAAGAUGCAGUUCGUCAACCACAGCCAGUGGCGUGUACGCAGAUGACAACGCGGGAGCUGUCGCGUGUACAGGUCAUGGAGAAAGUAUAAUAAAAUUUUGUCUGGCUCACAACAUUAUUCAAGAAAUGGAGAAUGGAAAGACGGCUGAAGCAGCGACGAAACAGUCUUUAGUGAAAAUGCAUGCUAAAUUAAAAACUAGGGGUGGUGCAACUGCAAUUUCGACCCGCGGCGAUGUUGGCAUAUUCUUUUCCACACCCAAAAUGGUAUGGGCGUAUGUCAAAGGGGGUCGUCUACAUUAUGGAGUCAAGCCUGGUCAACACGAAAUCAUAUGCUUUGAAAAGGCCAAAUGAACAUUAUUGCAACGGAAUAAAUAGUUAAUUAAUAUCUUAUAAUAUGUAACUAAAUAAUGCAAUUCAUUCAGUUGUAACAAAGCCGAAAAAGAGAAUUAUAGUGUCUCAAAGGA